AUGGAGAAGAACGAGGACUACGCGAAGCUCGAGUACUGGGACCGGCGAUUCGAGCAGGAGAAGUGCUACGAGUGGCUCUGCGACUUUGACGCCUUCUCCCAGCUCGUUCUGAAGCGCCUGAAGCAGCUAAAGCCCAACCCCCGCAUCCUGCACGUUGGCUGCGGCAGCUCGCAGCUCUCGAUGCGGCUCUACGACGCCGGAUUUCACGAUAUAACGAAUGUCGACUUUUCUGAGGUGCUCAUCUCUUCAUCGAAAGCUCGAUACGGCGAGGGCUACCCGGAAAUGAGAUGGAUUUGCGAUGAUAUGACGAGCCUCUGCCGACUGCCCUCCAAAAGCUACGAUGUUGUGCUGGAAAAGGCGACAAUCGAGGCGCUACUCGUCGGGGAGAAGAGCCCCUGGUCACCCUCGGAUUCGGCUCUGAAAAUGGUUGAUGACGUGUUCUCGUCGAUCAAUCGUGUCCUGACUUCUUCCGGUCUCUUCCUCUCCAUCUCGUUCACACAACCCCAUUUCCGGGUGCCGGCCCUGUUGCGAAGGUCGGAUUGGGGCGUCGAGGUGGAGGAGAUGGAUCGCGACACGGAUGCGGCUGUACGCGAGAAAUAUGGACGAUUGGCGGUAAACGCCGAGAAGCGCGGGCGCUCACCACCCACCCCACCUGGCUUGAUGUCGUUCAAGCUCGGCGACCGCGUCAUUACAGAAAACAACGGAAAGGGCGUGAUCGCCUUCAUCGGCACCACCCAGUUCGCCGAAGGUGAAUGGAACGGGCUGAUCCUCGACGAGCCGCGCGGCAAGAACAACGGCUCGGUGCAGGACGUGGCGUAUUUCGAGUGCGAGCCCGGCUACGGCCUCUUCGUUCCUACCAAAAAGCUGCGCCUCGAGAAGCCUGCCACCUCGACGACUCCGGCACGCCCGCAGACCCGCAGUCAAGCCUCGAAGCUCCGCGCCCCUACCUCCAAGCUCACCACGCCCGCUUCGACGCCCGGGAUCAGCCCGGCCGAGUCAGUGGAACAGCUGAAGGUCUCCCCACCGCAACAACCCACCACUUCCGCUCCACCCCCCAAGAAGGAGGCACCAUCAGGGCUGAAGCAACCUUCCUCCGUCACCCCGGCACCAAUUGACAUCAAGAAGCCGGCCGAUGUGGUCGAAGCGGCGCCCGCGUCCCCGUCCGUCAAGGAGCGCGCCCAGAAGAUUAUGGAGGAGCCCGCGCCGACAACGCAGAAUUGCCAAGUUGUCGUCGAGGAGCCGCCGCACGAGAAGCGCCCAAGCCUCCCCCCGCCACCCACCCUUCCCCCCGGCAUCAGCGAGGGCACCGAGGUCGACAUUCUGCGCUACGAGAACAAGGAUCUCAAGGAGAAGAUGGAGACGUUGAGGAUGCGCCGCCAGGAUGACCGGGAAAAGCUGAAGGAGCUGGACAAGGUGAAGAUGCAACUGCAAGUCCAGCUCGACAGCCGCCAGCGAAUGAUGGAACAACUGCAACAAGCGCUCGCCAAACUUGCCGAAAAGGAGAGGAGCUCAAAAAAAUUAAAU